AGAGAGAGAGAGAGGGAGAGAGAGAAAAGCUGGUGGCAGACUUUCAGACACUAGCGGAGAAGAUGCAGAGAGGAGGUUGAAGUCCCAGCAUUUCAGUAGGUUUCCAUGGCUGGUCGUUUCGCUCGCGGUGAGGAUGUUAAGUAACUAAAGGUUGGUGAGAAGUUCUGAGGAGUUUGCUCUGGAGUACGGCUUCCACUGCAGACCGAGGAAAAGGAGUAGAGACAAAGGGUUUGGGAGAAACACGAGUCACAGCCGCCACCACGUAACCUCAGAUGGAGGUGGAUGCAGAAGAGCGGGGUCACCGCACACGCUCCAAAGGUGUCCGAGUGCGAGCAGAACCAGCAGCGCAGGAAUUUUUCAGCUGCCCCACACCGGGCUGUGAUGGCAGCGGACAUGUCAGUGGCAAAUACGCAAGGCACCGAAGUGUCUAUGGCUGCCCUCUGGCUAAGAAGAGGAAAACUCAGGACAGGCAGCCGCAGGAGCCCUCCCCUAAGAGGAGGCCUACGCUGAUGCACGCCGACAAUUCCUCCUUGGACGAGUGCUACGAAACAGACGGCAUGGAGGAGGUGGAGGAGAAGGAGCUGGAUGAGGAUGAGGAGGAUGAAGAGGAGGAGGAGGAAGAAGAGAUGGAGGAAGAGGACUUUUCAGAGGACAAUGAUGAGCAAGGGGAAGAAGAGAUCUGUGAGGCAGAGAGGGAGGAAGAGUUAGAGGCGGAGACACUGGAGGAUGGAGCAGAGGAAGAUGAGGAAGGAGAUGAAGAGGGAGAAGAAGAAGAGGUUGAGGAGGAGGAAGAUUAUGAAGAACAUACAAGUGACAAGGUGAGCGGUCAGAUGAACAGUGGACAGAGCAAAGCAGCUCAGGUGGCCGAGAAAGAUGGUGGCAGCAACAGCAUCAAUGCUGGCGCCGCAGAUGAGUACGAGAACUAUGAUGAGCUGGUGGCCAAAUCCCUGCUCAACCUGGGCAAGAUUGCCGAGGAUGCAGCCUACCAGGCCAUGACCGAGUCGGAGAUGAACAGCAACUCAUCGAACAGCGCUGGCGAGGACGAUGAUGAGGAAGAGGAGGAGAGGGAGCGGCUGGGGCGCGGUGGCCAGCUAAGCCUGGACGUCGAGAGCGAUGUGGUGCGCGAGACGGUGGACUCCCUGAAACUGCUGGCCCAAGGGCAUGGCGCCGUGCUGCCUGAGCAGCUGGAGGCGGCGGCAAUGGAGGUGGGUGUCCGAGUCGGUCGGCUGGAGCAAAGUGAGGAGGAGGCCGUGUGCCUCAGCAGUCUGGAAUGUCUGCGUACCCAGUGCUUUGACCUCGCGCGCAAGCUGAGCGAGACGCAGCUGGCACAGACGCAGCUGCAUGUCCCCACCCUGGAGCAACUGCCCUGCCUUGCCCAGGAGCGCCGCUACUCUGACAUGGCCAACCUGAUGAAGCUGGAGGAGCAGCUGAGCCCGGUGUCCAGGGGCCCUCGGGAGCGUUGUGCAGGCCGGGGCACCGAGGAGGACACGGCCUCUGUGGUCUCGGACCGCUCCGAGGAGGCCUUCGACGUCACUAAGGGCAACCUGUCACUGCUGGAGAAGGCCAUCGCUCUCGAAUCGGAGCGGGCCAAGGUGAUGAGAGACCGCGGCGCUCCAGAGGGUGCCCACCUGCACCAGGAGCACAGCCCACGCCGGAGUUGUGUGGCCGAGGAACGCAAGGCCCGCCUGCAGCAGGACGCAGCCAGGCGGCCAUAUUACCCAAAAGAGUCUUCUCGGGGGGAGAAAAAGGAGAGCAAGUGUCCCACACCUGGCUGUGAUGGGACGGGCCACGUCACCGGACUCUAUCCACACCACCGCAGCCUGUCAGGCUGCCCCCACAAGGAUAGGGUGCCACCCGAGAUCGUUGCGAUGUAUGAGAAUGUUCUUAAGUGCCCCACACCCGGCUGCACGGGACGUGGCCACGUCAACAGCAACAGGAACUCGCACCGCAGCCUGUCGGGAUGUCCCAUCGCUGCCGCUGAGAAGAUGGCCAAGGUCCAUGAGAAGCACCACACUUGUGAUGGUCCCAAGUCCUGCCAAGCUUCAGACCGGGUGCUGAGGCCUAUGUGCUUUGUGAAACAGCUGGACAUCCCACAGUAUGGCUACAAGAACAAUGUCCCCACCAGCACCCCGCGCUCCAACUUGGCCAAGGAGCUGGAGAAAUACUCGAAGACCACCUUUGACUACAACAACAGCUAUGAGAACCACCAUCACGUCUACGGGAAGCGUGCCAUUGCACCAAAGCUCCAGGGGCGGGACCCUUCUCCGAAGGGAUACGAUGCCAAGCGCUACUGUAAGAACUCGAGCCCGGCCAGCAGCACCACCAGCAGCUACGUGCCCAGCAGCAGCAGCAGCAGCGGCCUCAGUUGCGGGGGUGGAGGGGGCAGCAGCGCCAGCAGCACCUGCAGCCGGAGCAGCUUCGACUACACGCACGACAUGGAGGCCGCGCACAUGGCCGCCACCGCCAUCCUCAACUUGUCCACGCGCUGCCGCGAGAUGCCCCAGAGCCUGGCCGGCCCACCGCCGGAGCCCUGUGCGCGGAGCCCUGAUGCAGACGUGGAGGACCAGGGAGCGCUGGACAUGAACAUGACACAGCUGCACGGCGCCCCUGAGAGUAACUGCACAGUAUUGACCCCGCUGGAACCCAUGUCACCCCGGCGCCAGGCUCUGCUGAGCAGCCGCUGCUACCAACUGGGUGACGCCGACUGCUGGGACCUGCCCCUGGAGCACAGCGACGGCCCCAAAGAGCCCGGCGACUUGGACCCAUUCCAGGACCUUCUGGAGGACCGCCAGUACCCAGGAGAGGUGACGAUUGCCAGCCCCAAGCCCAAGUACCCUCCAUGCAAGGAGAGCAAGAAGGAACUGAUAGGCCUGUCUGCUUGUCCUAUGGCUGACAAAGGCAUCCGUAUGAUGGCGACCAACGCGCAAGACAUCAAGUGUCCCACACCGGGCUGUGAUGGGUCAGGACACAUUACUGGGAACUACGCCUCCCACAGGAGCUUGUCCGGCUGUCCAAGGGCCAAGCGGAGCGGCAUUAAGAUCACACACAGCAAAGAGGACAAAGAAGACCAAGAGCCGAUAAGGUGUCCUGUCCCCGGCUGCGAUGGCCAGGGCCAUGUGACAGGGAAGUAUGCAUCUCACCGCAGUGCUUCUGGCUGCCCCCUGGCGGCUAAGCGGCAGAAGGACGGCUACGUCAACGGCUCCCAGUUCGCCUGGAAGUCAGGGAAGACAGAGGGCAUGUCAUGUCCCACCCCGGGCUGCGAUGGGUCGGGCCACGUCAGCGGCAGCUUCCUGACCCACCGCAGCCUCUCCGGGUGUCCCCGGGCCACGUCAGCCAUGAAGAAAGCCAGAAUGUCUGGGGUGGAAAUGCUAACAAUAAAACAACGGGCCAGCAAAGGGAUAGAGAAUGAUGAGGAAAUUAAGCAGCUGGAUGAAGAAAUAAAAGAUUUGACUGAGUCGAAUACACAAGUGGAGUCUGAUAUGAUCAAACUGAGAACACAGAUCACCACAAUGGAGACUAACCUGAAGUCUAUAGAGGAGGAGAACAAGGUGAUUGAGCAGCAGAAUGACUCCCUACUGCAUGAGCUGGCCAGCCUCAGCCAGUCAUUGAUAAACAGUUUAGCUAAUAUCCAGCUUCCACAUAUGAAGCCGCUGCCACACAAAGAGGCUUCCGUUAGAAAUAGCAGCUGUUUACAGACCCAUCAGAGCGAGCCCAUGAAUGAACACAACUUUGACGCCUACGUGACGACACUGACAGACAUGUACACGCAUCAGGAUCAGUACCAGAGUCCAGAGAACAAGGCGCUGCUGGAGAGCAUAAAGCAGGCGGUGCAAGGAAUCCAAGUGUAGCGGGCGCUCCGGAGACGAAGCCUGGAGACAGCAGUAACGGCAUCCUGACUCUGUGCUGUAAUUAAUCACACAGUACAACAAGUAGAUUUUUCCAUGUUUUAAAACUACUAUGCUUGAUCAACAUCCACUUAAUUUAUUCGUUUAUUUUAUUUGGUCAUGCUUUGAAAAUGGCUAACGAAAAUAGUUUUCGACGACAUCCACGUUUUGUACGCUUUCAUAAUGUUUGGCCAUGUUUAUAGCUGCUGAAGUAUGCACAUUGCCCGUGUACCAGCCACACAGGGCACACGCUCCUCUCAACAACUGGCGAAAUAAGUUUAGUAUUCAAGAGUUGAGCAGGACACGGGAAAACGAGAAAUGGAAAUGCGCAAAGACUUUUUCCUUUGUCAGAUUAAUUAUUCCGUCAAAUUCUUUCUUUGCAAGACCUUGAUGUAAUUUAUUGAAUUCUGAGUUUUUCGAAGUCCUAUAUAUCAUUUAUUUAUUUGUUUGUUUGUGCAUAUUUAUUUAUUUGUGCGAGAUUACAGCAAACAUAACACGAACACCCAAAUCAUGUUUUAAAAGCACUUUUAUUAUGUUACCAAUUCUUAUACGAUAAGAAGGGAAUGUUCGAUAACACUAAAACAUGCGGCCAGCAGUCUUCUUGUUUUGCCGUUUGUUUCUUUGCUUGUUUAUGUGACAUUGUCGUAAACAUAAUUACACGAAAAACCACAUCAUCUUUCAAAAUUACUUUAAUUAGCAUGUGUCAUCAAUUCUUAUUUGAUAAGAAGGGAAUGUUGUUCGGCGACCUCUGGCCGCAUCUUUCAGUGUUUUCUUGUUUUACCGUAUAUUGCCAAUGUGCUGACACCGAAUCGGAGCAAAAUUUUGUAAAACUGGGCUUUAAUAUAUAAUAGGUUUACGCACAGAAAAGGUAGUGUGAUAUAGCUCUAUUUUGCUUAAAACUGUGCCAUUUUAUGAAGCACUCUAACCUCAGUAGUAUUUCUUUGUCAAAUAUGCCUGGUCUCUGAAAUUCCAAGGUCUGGGUGUCGUGAUAAAUUAAUCCUCAUUGAACUGAAAUGCAACUGAAAUAGUCUUUGUAUAUGCAAAAGUAAAUGAACAGGCAGAACAGUAAUCUUACUGUAUGCUAAAUAAAUAUUUUACAUGAAUAUUUUGAAUACAUAAUUUAAAAAAUAAACACG